AUGAAGUCAAUCACAGCUUUCGCCACGCUUCUGUUUCUAAUCGCCAAAGCAACUCCCGCGUUUUGCUUGGAGAAAAGUUUUCAGCAAGCUCAGCGCGAGUGUCUCCAGCACCUCAACAUCAGCAGCAGUCGCUGGUCGGAGUACGUGGAUGCCAACGAGUACCCGCGAGACCACGAAACCAAACUACUGAUUCGGUGCAUCGGACUGGUGCUGCGCUUCUGGGAUGACUAUAGCGGGCUGCAGCCGGCCGUAAUUAAAAACUUCUUCCUGCCGGAUGCCGACGACGUGGGGUACGUGAAUCGAACGACCCAGUGCCUGAAGCGGGCCUUGCAGAAAGUGGCUAAGAAAGAUGUUGUUUCGAUGGCGUACGAAUCGUUCUGUUGCUACUACCAUCAGUACGGGAAUUUGGCCGUAACGCCUCAGUAUGUGCCCCAAACGGCCAGGGAAUUGCUCCAAUUUAAAUCCGAGUGCAGUGAAAUACUGAAAGAUUACUCUGGAAAUGGCACACAGCAAAGUUCCUGCUUGGUGCGGUGUGUACUGUUGCAUGCUGAUUUAUGGUACGACGAGCAUGGGUUUCUACUGGAUAGGGCGUACGUGCAGUUCGGACAGGAUGAGAAUGAAGAUGCGUACGUCCAGAAGACGGUUGAGUGCAUAGAUUCGUAUGCGUCGAAGGAUAAUGGAGAUAGCUGUGCUUUGACGAGCUACGUGACAAAGCUUUGUUUAAUUCAUGGCAAUGCUCAAAUGUAUUAUUCGUCAGUCUUCUGAUCAUGGAUACAGUGGAAGUUAUUUAUCAAAUACUAUAGACAGACAUAUGAUUUCUGUACAGUGAUACACGUACCAUGUUGUACGCGUACAGCAGCAGGAUGACACACAUA